GGCAGACCCAUACAACCAAUUCCAAACUUCUCCCACAUACCACGAACCCAACAAAUAAUACUAUCAAAGCCACCUCUCUCUCUCUCUCUCUCUCUCUCUCACACACACACACACGCAGGGAGACACAGAUAGAGACACACACUCACACGCACAUCCAGAGAGCAGCCGAUCCCCGUCCUGCCACGUCAGAUCCCCACCUGUAUCCGCCGCACAUUCCCACCGGAAUGCCAUUAUCCGGCCACUCCAGGUGUUUAAAAUGAAUGGGAUUCAAAACAGAGAAGCUCACACUGCUGAGAAACCCUUUCCAGGAUGUCUGGGAAGAAUGGUCAACCUCUUUGAUUUGAAUUCAGGGAUUGCUGGAAACAGGCUGCUUAUGGAUAAACCUCAUCGUGAUGGUUCUUCACUCUCAAGGAGUAGAUCAGAUGUGGCAAGGACAUGGAGUCCACCUUUGGGAGAUCAGAUGGAGGAUAAAGUGAUUGUGUCUGACCCAAGGAGAACUUUGAGCAGGAAAGUGAAUGGAACACCCAUGAAGAUGCUUAUAGACCAAGAAAUGUCAAAAGAAGGGGAGUUUAAGCAUAAUCCGCCCAAUGUGGUUGCCAAGUUGAUGGGGCUUGAUGCCCUCCCCCAGGCGCAGCCUGAUUCAGCUGCUCAAAGAAACCAUGCAAAAGGUUAUUCACGACGUAGUCUAAGCCAUUCUGGGAUACCAUUUGGAUCUUGGCAGCAAGAAGAUGGCUUUUCUGACAAGGGAAUGCUAUGUGAAGUUUAUCAGUGUCCAGAACAGAACAAAUAUAAAGAUGUUUAUGAAAUCUGGCAGCAAUCUGAAAAGAAAAAUUAUAUAAGAGAUGAAUCACCUCAGAAAGGAAGGCAUAAUGAAAAGAUUAACGAGAAAAAGAUGGCUCUUGUUCGCCAGAAAUUUGUGGAAGCAAAACGUCUGGCUACAGAUGAGAAACUUCGCCAGUCUAAGGAAUUUCAAGAUGCUUUGGAAGUUUUAAGCUCCAAUAAAGAUUUGUUCCUUAAGUUUUUGCAAGAACCAAAUUCGCUAUUUUCUCAACAUCUAUAUGAUCGAAAGUCUAUUCCUACACCUCAUGAGACAAAGCGUAUCACUGUUCUUAGACCUUCAAAGAUGGUUGAUAGUGGCGAAUUUGUAGGAUCAGGGAAGAAGAGUGAUAAACAAAUAAAGAAACCAGCCCAAACGGGCCAGGCAGUUGUGUGGGACAAAGUGGACACUGGAUACUCUCCUACUUCCACCAAUCAGAAAGUUGAUAAUUAUCCUGCUCAACCAACUCGAAUAGUGGUAUUGAAGCCUAGCCCGGUUAGGCCAAAUGACAUCAAUGCUGUUGUUUCUUCACCUUCCUUAUCACCUAGAAUAUUACAUUGUGAAAGCUUUUAUGAGGAAGCUGAAGAUGAUGAGGGACUAGAAUCAAGGGAAGUGGCAAAGGAGAUUACCCGGCAGAUGCGUGAAAAUUUCAUGGGUCACCGUGGGGAUGAGACUUUGGUUUCUUCUGUUUUUUCCAAUGGCUAUACUGGUGAUGAGAGUUCAUUUAACAAAUCAGAGAAUGAGUAUGCAGUGGGAAAUGUUAGUGAUUCGGAAGUCAUGUCGCCGUCUCCUAGGCAUUCAUGGGAUUACAUCAAUAGGUUUGGCAGCCCUUUUUCUUCUUCCUCCUUUAGCCGUGCUUCAUGCUCUCCAGAGUCAUCAGUUUGUAGAGAAGCAAAGAAGCGACUGUCUGAAAGAUGGGCCAUGAUGGCAUCAAAUGGCAGCUCUCAAGAACAAAGACAUGCUCGUAAAAGCUCAAGCACUUUGGGUGAGAUGCUAGCUCUUUCAGAUACAAAGAAGUUGGUAAGAUCUGAUGACAAGGAUGGUAAUGAGGAACAAGAACCAAGGGAAUCGAUUUCGUGCUUGACUAAUAAAUUAAAUAAAGAAGAAAGCUUGGUUGAUUCUCCUAAAAAUCUUCUGAGGUCAAAAUCUGUCCCUGUAUCUUCUACGGUGAAUGGUGCCAGGCUCAGCAUUGAAGUUUCUGAUCCUGAGGCUGGCAAAACACAUGUUCCCAAGGAGCUGACAAAGGCAAAGAGUACAAAAUCAUCGUUCAAAGGGAAAGUUUCAAGUUUAUUUUUCUCCAGGAAUAAGAAAUCAAGUAAAGAUAAAUCUGCUGCAUCCCAAUCUAAAGAUGAAUCUCUAUCUGCCAGCUCUGAAACACCAGGAUCUCCAUUACAUUUUCUUGGAGUGAACAGUGAUGCUACUACUCAAUGCAUUAAUGACGGGAGCCUUUGUCCUGCUCCACAUGGAUCAUCAGGCAAAACUUCUCCGGAUUUGACCAGCAUGGGACAAAAUCAAGGCACAGCAACUUGUGAGGCAGGGUUGUCUGUAACCAAGCCUGUAAUGCCUGGGGAUAUGAGUGAGAAUCAGGACCAGCCAAGUCCGAUUUCAGUUUUGGAACCACCAUUUGAAGAUGACAACAGGUCUCUAGAGGCCUCUGGCAAUAUGAAGCCAGACAACCAGGGAAGACAGUUGCCUAUUAAGUCUAACUUAAUUGACAAAUCACCACCUAUAGGAUCAAUUGCUCGGACCCUGUCCUGGGAUGAUUCUUGUGCAGAGACAGCCACUCAAUAUACAGUAAAACCUUUAGUAUCCCCAUGCGUCAAGGAAGAACAAAAUUGGCUCACCCUUGUUCAAUCACUACUGUCAGUGGCCGGUCUUGAUGGCGAGGUUGAAUUUGAGAUUUUUUUUGCUAGAUUGCUUUCACUUGAAAGCCCCUUGGACCCAUCAUUGAGAGACAAAUUCGCUAACCUUCACGACAAAGAUUUCCUGCAUGAGGCUAAGCGAAGGCAACGGAGAUCAAAUCGGAAGCUUGUAUUUGAUUGUGUCAAUGCUGCACUAAUGGAAAUCACAGGUAAUGGGUCAGACAAGUGCCUGAUGAGAAGGCCAUGUGAUGGAGCCAACGGCAGUCUCUUAGAGGGUGCAUCAGCCAUGCUGGUGGACCGGGUGUGGACCCAAAUGCAGGAAUGGAUUUCCAAUGAGGGGAGUGGCGUUUUGGGUGAUGGUGGGGACAGCGACAGCCUGGUGGUGGAGAGACUGGUGAGAAAGGAGGUUGUAGGGAAAGGGUGGGUUGAGCUUUUGAGAUUGGAAAUGGAUAAUGUAGGAAAGGAAAUCGAGGGGAAGUUGCUGGAAGAGUUGGUGGAAGAGGUUGUGGUCGAUUUGACAGGUAGGGUGUGAACUGUGAAGAGGAUUUGCAUUCUUUUUUCUUUUUCUUUUUUGUUAUAUAUUUAUUGUAACUCUAUUAUUUGUGUAUUUGAUUUUCGACAAUGAUGGUCCUACUCAACUAAUCUGUUUAGUAUUUGCUAAUAUUUUAAUUAGUAUUUUGAUUUUCUGAUUACUUGUGUAAAUGUAUCAGCUACUUCAAGUUGUCUUUA